AAAACCAAAACAUGCAGUUAGCAAAGAACUAACUAUGUACACAACCAAGCAUCAUUCAAUCGUUACCAUCCCCUCCAAUACCUCUGCCCAAACAAUCUGAAAAGAGACCCUAAAUCAGCUCUCCAAAGCACCCCCAAAUCAGCUAGAAAUCAGGCCCCAAAUAGCCCCUUUUCCAGCCCCUUUAUCAGCCAUAAAACAGCCCCGGCCUAAGUUAUUCUCUUCUUAACCAGCUAGCUACUAGCAAUUAAACAACAAUCCUCUCUCUCUCUCUCUCUCUCUCUCUCUCUCUCUCUCUCUCUCUCUCUCCAAAAAAAUGGGCAAUGGACGGCUCACAUUGCCGUCAAUCUUUAAGCUAAUGGAAAUCCUUUUCCACCUCCACCAUGUUCUUCACUUUCUCCUCUUCCUCAUCGGGUUAUCGAUAGGCACCAUAACCACCUUAUACCUCAAAAGUUCCACCUUCCCCGUAUCAGCCAGUACCCUUACUUCAACUUCUCCACCACCACAUCCACCACGGGAAAUGCUAGCUUCACUCUCCUUUACGACAAAUGAAACGUCUAACAGCACGAUUCGUGUUUUAUUGAAAGAGCAUACGGGCCUCAUGCACAAUAUGAGCGAUGAUCAGUUGUUGCGGAGAGCAUCGACGUCGGGUCCGAGGAUUCAAGAGUUUCACGCGCCGAAAGUGGCCUUCAUGUUCUUGACCAGAGGGCCAUUGCCUCUGGCACCCUUGUGGGAGUUGUUCUUCAGAGGCCAUGAAGGAUUGUACACUAUUUACGUGCACUCACAUCCUUCUUAUACUGAAUCACUGCCUGAAACUUCAGUCUUUUAUGGAAGAAGAAUUCCUAGCCAGGCAGCGUAUUGGGGAACCAUAUCGAUGAUAGAUGCCGAGAGACGCCUUCUAUCCAACGCCCUCCUCCAUUUCCCAAACAAAAGAUUUGUAUUGCUCUCCGAAUCCUGCAUCCCACUUUUCAACUUCACCACAAUCCACAACUACCUAAUGGGCUCAAAUUUAAGCUUCUUGGGCUCAUUUGACGACCCGAGAAAAACGGGCCGGGGCCGAUACAACCCCCAGAUGUGGCCCAACGUUACCGCGUCGGACUGGCGAAAAGGGUCCCAGUGGUUCAGUAUCCACCGGGAACUCGCCAUCCGAACGGUUUCGGAUAAAAAGUAUUACCGGGUUUUCGAACGGUUUUGCCGCCCGCCAUGUUAUAACGACGAGUUUUAUUUGCCAACUUUGGUGCAUAUUUUGUACCCGGAGACAAAUUCAAACCGGAGCAUUACUUGGGUGGACUGGUCAAGGGGCGGGCCGCAUCCCGGGAAGUUUGGGUGGGGCGAUAUUUCGGAGGAGUUCUUGAAUCGGAUUCGGUUCGGAUCGGAGUGUACGUAUAAUGGGAAGUCUACAUCGAUGUGUGUGAUGUUUGCUAGGAAGUUUCUGGCGAGCGCCUUGGAGCCUUUGUUACAGGUUGCUCCAGUAGUGCUCGGGUUCGGUCCUUAGGCUAUGUUUGGAUCAAAGAUUUAAGAAAAAUUAAAUUUAAGAGCUAGGAAAUUUGUUCGUUUGGUUUCUUUGAGGCCUCUACCAUUGCACCAAUAUCACAAUUGUAAAUCAACUAAAAAAACCUAAGUACAUUAAUUUAUGUCUCUAUAAGUUGUUAGAUAAAAACAACAAUAAACUAUUUACAUCCUUACAUUGGUCGUUCAAAAUUUUGUUACUCGUAUUGUACUCCAUCCGUUCUCAGGUGCUGCAAUUGCAUCUUUUCUCAGGUGCUAAUCUUGUUGGAAUGUAAA